AAUGAAUAAAUUGGACUUAAUACUUGAAAUUUACACUUAUACGGUGAUUUUGACUACUGUAUCAGCCUUAAAUCACGAAAAUGUUUUUACUGAUUCCACGUGCCAAACCAUAGAGGAUUGUAAAAAAUUUGACCCCCUUAAUUAUAUUGACAGUCUGAACUGUAUCGAAGUUGAUGGAUCAUCAAAAAGAUGUCUCUGCAAGGAAUCAGACAGCUAUCAUAUGCAGAAUGGAAGCUGUCAAUUUCUACCUGGCAUAGGAGAGCACUGCUUAAAAGAAACAAGACGAUGUUUAAAGAAACAUAGUUCUUGUACAGAUUCAUCUGAUGGAUUACAUAAAUGUAUGUGCGAUCAAAAUACUCUUCACGUUCGAAAAAACGGCGAAGAGUAUUGCGCCCAAAUGAUAACAACCUUUUUAGAUGUUAAUUGUUUUAUUUGCGAAAACAACGAAGGGAAAUGCUAUGAUAUAAAUGAUGAUUUAUUAAAGGACGGUUGUCUAUGCCCGGCGUCCAGAUCAGGAGAAAAUUGCGAGAUAAUUCACGUCGAUGUAAAAUGUUGGGUUGAUACAAUGACAAUGAAUGUUUGUUAUUUUCAACAUGAUGGUAUUAACUUAAGUACGAGUUCCAGAAUAUAUACCAAUAAUCAUGGGGAAGAUAUAAAGUGUCAAGGACGACCAAAUGAGAAAUAUUGUAAAUAUAAAGGAGCUUAUUUAUUGCAAUUACCAUUAAAAGAAGAUCAUUGUGGUAUGAGAAAAAUUAUGAUGACCGAUAGCAUAAAAUAUUCAAGCAAAAUCUAUGUUCAAAAGUAUGAUAUGCCAUCUGUAAAUGAUAUUAUAUUCGAUACAUUCUGCGAAUUUAUAACACAAGUUCGAUCGAAUUUCCAAGCCGUUGGAGUAAUUGAACACGCUCGAGGGAGUGUUGGAGUUCACAGUGUACCAAACCUUUCAACAUUCAUUGAAAAUACCAUCGGUGAAAGAGUUCCAAGUGAUACUUAUAUGAGAGUUGGAGAUUCUGUUAGGUUUAUAAUCGUCUUGAAUAAGAGAGACGCUUAUGGGGCAAUUAAAGUUCGAAAUUGUAUAGCUAGCAAUUCGUAUACUCUGGGAGAUGAUGACAGUCUAAGUUUGCCAUUAAUUGCUGAAGGAUGUCCCGUAGCGAACCAAAAUACAUUUAACUCCCUUAAUAAUUGGAGAAGAUAUUCUUCUCAGGCUCAUAUGCUUGAAACUGGAAAGAUAAAACUCUUUAAAUUUUCGUCGGGAAGUAAUUUCUUUCUACAUUGUAGAGUUAUUUUAUGUCUAAUGAAUGAAAUGAAUAAAUGCAACCCGUCGGUAUGUUCAAAUUCUACAUUAUUAAAGUCAUCGAAAAGACAGAGGAGAGCCACAGAUCAGUUUGCAGAAGAUAACGUUGUAAUGUCGAUUAGAUUUAGCUCCGAAAAAGAAUUGGAAAGCGUUCAAGAUAUUCCAUCUGACGAUAACUAUGUCAAAUUGAAUAGACAAACUUUCGUCAGUGUCAUUACAAUACUAUCAAUCCUUAUAUUCCUACUACUAGCGUCAUCUAUCGGAUUUCUAUAUCUUUACAGGAGAGAGGUAAUUAGAAGAGAUGAUACAGCCUGCCUUUUCCGAAAGAGUCAAACUGCUCAAUUGAAAUUAAGGGAAUACGACAAUGAAGCUGCUGAAAAAGAGGAUGAAGCGUAUAUUUAA